AAUUAAAAAUUUUAAACUAAUUUAAAAAUCGUUAUGUAAAUUGAAUACGAGAAUUAUGCGAAUAAAUUUAAACAUUAUUUGUUAAACCUUACGAAAAAAAUUAAGAUUUUGAUAUAUGUAUACAUGUAUAUAUGUAACCAUUGUAUUUAACUAUUUGUAAACAAUGUCAUGGAUAAAAGAUAAUACUUUAAAUUGGUUUCAACUGUUGCUUAUGAAAAUUUUAAGCACUGGCCAUAUUCCUAAACAUGUAGCAUUUAUAAUGGAUGGUAAUAGACGUUAUGCAAGUAAGAAUGGGAUGGAAAAAUUAGAUGGGCAUUCAAAAGGAUUUGAUAAAUUUGCUGAAACUUUACAAUGGUGUAAAGAUCUUGGUGUGCAGGAAGUAACAUUUUAUGCGUUUAGCAUUGAGAAUUUUAAAAGACAAGAAGAAGAAGUAAAGGGGCUUUUAAAUCUUGCAGAAGAGAAAUUUCACAGUUUAUUAGGUGAAAAGGAUAAAAUAAGAAAAUAUGGAUUGCGGGUUCGUAUAAUUGGUAAUUUAUCAUUACUACCUCUAAAACUACAAGAAUUAAUAGCAGAAACUAUGAUUUUUACCAAAGAACAUAAUAAAGCAUUUCUCAAUAUUGCAUUUGCUUACACAUCAAGAGAUGAAAUUACACAUGCUAUUAAAGAUGUAAUUGAAGGUGUCCAAAAUGGUGAUAUUCUUUCAGAAGAUAUCGAUGAAGAUCUUAUUUCCAAUUGUUUGUACACUAAUAAUUCACCAAAUCCAGAUUUAUUAAUUCGUACUUCGGGAGAAGUCAGAUUCAGUGAUUUUCUUAUGUGGCAAAUAUCAAGUACAUGCAUUUAUUUUACCAAUAUAUUAUGGCCAGAAUUUAAUGUAUGGGAUUUUCUUAACGCAAUAUUUUAUUAUCAAAGAUGUUAUUCUGACAUACAAAAAGUAAGGAAAAUGCAAAAUAUGAAGUCUAUGAUACAAAAUAGCAGACAAUCAAAUUAUAUAGAUAAGUUACAUCAUAAAAGAGAAAUUGCACUUGAAAGAAUGCAUUCACCAAAUAUUUAAGUAAUGUAUAUAUUAAAAUAAUCAUAAUAUUAAAAGAAAUUUAAAUAAAUAA